AGGUUGAUUAUUGAUCAAACUCACUUGAUCUCUUCAAGGAAAAAUAACAAAAAUAAAUCAAAGAGAGAUCCAAAGCCAAGAAGAGAAUCUCUAGAGAAGAGAGCCGGCAAUGGAAAAAAGGGAGGCAUAUUCACGUGAUGAAUAUUAAUAUUAAAAUACUUCUCCCAGGCUGUAGACUGUAGAGUCCCCUCUUCCUCUCUCGUCCGCCCCUUUUUUUUUUUGUCUUAAUGCAAUCAUUCACGAUAGCGGACAACCACUCACCGCUGCUUCUUCUUCUCUCUCGGUGACUGUGAGACGCUGAGUGUGUGCGUUCACAUUGUAUCUCUGCAUAUACAUAUUAAUAUCAGCAGUGCUACAGACGAGGAAUCUUCUGUAUUCCCUACUAUAUCACUCCCAAGUAUUGAGAGAUCAGUGGAAGAGAAAGAUGAAGAUUAUUAUGCCCUUUAAGUAUCUGAUGAUCCUUCUUCUUAUCGGUCUCUGCAGCGUGUCCAUGGCAGUGGAGGAGGAGAAGAACGAUGAAACGAAGAAAACAACUUACAUAGUACACAUGGCAAAAUCUGAGAUGCCAGAGGAGUUUGAGCAUCCUUCGCACUGGUACGACUCGUCACUGAAAUCGGUGUCCGACUCUUCAGAAAUGCUGUACGCGUACAACAACGCGAUCCAUGGAUUCUCAGCUCAAUUAACUGCGGACGAAGCUAAGUCACUUAAGAAUCAACCAGGGAUUCUUGCCGUGUUGCCUGAAUUGAAAUACGAGCUCCACACGACUCGCACACCUGAGUUCCUUAGGCUCGAUAAAAACGCAGCACUGUUUCCAGCAUCUAGCGCAGCUGGAGCAGUGGUUAUCGGAGUAUUGGACACUGGCGUUUGGCCGGAAAGCAAAAGCUUCGCCGAUACAGGGCUCGGUCCGGUUCCCAGUACCUGGAAAGGCGAGUGCGAAUCUGGUACUAAUUUCUCUUCUAAGCUUUGCAAUGGCAAAUUAAUCGGUGCCAGGUACUUCGCUAAUGGCUACGAAGCCGCGCUUGGCCCAAUUGAUGAAUCUAAAGAAUCGAAGUCUCCAAGAGAUGACGAUGGUCACGGCACUCACACUGCGAGUACCGUCGGUGGUUCCGCAGUUGAAAAGGCAAGCAUGUUAGGCUACGCGGAGGGGACAGCGCGUGGGAUGGCCUCGUUCGCUAGAAUUGCGGCAUACAAGGUAUGCUGGCUUGGUGGUUGUUUUAGCUCCGAUAUUUUAGCAGCCAUUGACAAGGCUGUUGAAGAUAAUGUGAACGUGCUAUCGAUGUCACUGGGGGGUGGAAUGUCAGAUUAUAACAGAGACAGUGUAGCGAUUGGAGCAUUUGCGGCGAUGGAGAAGGGAAUUCUGAUCUCUUGCUCUGCGGGAAAUGCUGGCCCAAGUGCAUUCAGCUUGUCAAACGUGGCUCCAUGGAUUACUACCGUGGGGGCUGGCACACUGGAUCGCGAUUUCCCAGCGUAUGUUAGCCUCGGAAAUGGCCAAAAUUACUCGGGUGUUUCCCUUUUUCGUGGAGCCCCAUUACCGGGAUCUCUUUUGCCAUUUGUUCAUGCUGCUAAUGCAAGCAACUCAAGUAGUGGAAAUUUGUGCAUGAUGGGUACUCUCAUACCAGAAAAAGUUAAAGGCAAGAUUGUGCUAUGCGAUCGUGGAGUAAACCCCAGAGUCCAAAAAGGUGAAAAUGUGAAAGCAGCCGGUGGUUUGGGCAUGGUCUUGGCUAACACUGCCGCAAACGGCGAAGAACUGGUUGCAGAUGCUCAUCUAUUGCCUGCCUCUACUGUGGGUCAAAAAAGUGGUGAUGCUAUUAAGAAAUAUUUGUUUUCUGAUCCAAACCCGACUGUCACCAUUUUCUUCGAAGGGACCAAACUGGGAAUUCAACCAUCACCGGUAGUGGCGGCGUUUAGCUCAAGAGGUCCCAAUUCAAUUACCCCAGGAAUUCUGAAGCCAGAUCUUAUCGCUCCAGGAGUCAACGUCUUAGCUGGUUGGUCAGGCGGUGUGGGUCCUACCGGUCUCGCAGACGAUACCCGACGCGUGGAGUUCAACAUAAUUUCCGGAACCUCGAUGUCAUGUCCGCAUGUGAGUGGUCUCGCUGCGCUGCUCAAAGCAGCUCACCCGGACUGGAGCCCGGCGGCUAUAAGAUCAGCACUUAUGACCACUGCCUACUCAACAUACCCAAAUGGUCAAAAUUUGCAAGACCUCGCCACCGGAAAACCAUCCACACCGUUCGAUUACGGAGCUGGACACGUGGACCCCGUGGCAGCCCUUGAUCCAGGUCUCGUCUAUGAUCUGACGGUCAAUGAUUACUUAGAUUUCCUCUGCGCGCUAAAUUACACACCAUCAGAGAUUAGCAGCGUCGCAAGGAGAUCAUUUACCUGCGAUGCCAAAAAGAAGUACAGCGUCACUGAUCUGAACUAUCCUUCUUUUGCUGUUAGCUUCGAUGCUGUGGGUGGCAGUAAUGUAAUUAAGCACACUAGAACUUUGACCAAUGUUGGAGCGCCGGGGACGUAUAAGGUGAGCCUUUCAUCGGAUAAUCCAGCGGUGAAGAUUUCAGUUGAGCCUGCAACGUUGAGUUUCACUCAAACCAACGAGAAAAAGCCGUUUGUGGUGACAUUCACGGCCGUAUCAACAAUGCCGUCCAACACGAAUGUGUUUGGUCAUCUAGAGUGGUCCGACGGAAAGCAUGUCGUUGGGAGUCCAAUUGGUGUUAGCUGGACCUAGUGUCGGAUAUUAAAAGUAAUAAUGGGAAUUUAACCCGAAACUUAAUUGUUCGCCGUGCUCAAAGGAAGGCGCGACGUUGCUUGUGUUAAUCAGUUUGAUACUUUCAUGUUAUGAAUCUUCACGAUUUCCGGCUAUAAACUGAGCUGGAACUGGUGUUUGAGAUUUGAUAUUGGUCUCCGAGAGGAGACAUAGGGCAAUGUCAAUCUCUGUCUCGGUGUAUUUGUUGACCAAGUGAAUUAAUUAUGCUUUGAAAAUUAAAUUAUCAUGAAUACAAUCCUUGUUAAGUUUC